UCUGACGUCCUCCCCGCCACUGAAUCGGAAGUUCUGGCCCGCAGUUGCGUGGAAAUGAGCACUGAUGGGCGGAGUGGACUUCGGCCCGGCAAGGGGAGCACCGAAGGGGUGACGGCUGGAAAGGGGAAGACGGAUGGGGUGGCAGUGACUUCUACUACUGCUGCCUCGGCCUCCUGCCAGUACAGGUGCAUCGAAUGCAACCAGGAGGCCAAGGAGUUGUACCGAGACUACAGCCACGGCGUGCUGAAGAUAACCAUCUGUAAAUCCUGCCAGAAACCUGUAGACAAAUAUAUCGAGUAUGAUCCUGUUAUCAUCUUGAUUAAUGCUAUUUUAUGCAGAGCCCAGGCCUACAGGCAUAUUCUUUUCAAUACCAAAAUAAAUAUGCACGGAAAACUCUGCGUGUUUUGUUUGCUUUGUGAAGCAUACCUGAGAUGGUGGCAGCUUCAAGAUUCGAGCCGGAGCAUUGAUCCUGAUGACUUUAUCAGAUAUGCUAAAGAGUGGGAUUUCUAUAGAAUGUUUGCAAUUGCUUCUCUAGAACAAACUGCCUAUUUUACUGGCAUUUUUACUUUCCUGUGGGUAGAACGACCCAUAACAGCGAAAAAAACCCUCAACUUGGCUUUGCUGCUGAAAGCGUUGUUGUUAUCUAGCUACGGAAAACUCUUUAUGAUACCGGCUGUCAUUUGGGAACACGACUACACACCCCUGUGCCUCAGACUCAUUAAACUAUUUGUCCUUACGUCCAAUUUUCAGGCAAUUAGAGUGACCCUAAACAUCAACCGCAAGCUCUCCUUUUUGGCCAUCUUGAGUGGCUUACUGGUGGAGAGCGCCAUGGUCUACUUCUUCCAGAGGAUGGCAUGGGCUGUUGGAAGUGACUGUGCCAUCUAUAAAUCUCAAGACUUUUGAAGAGCAGAAUGUGCCACUCUGAAUACUUCAUUUAUCAUCCAGUCUCCUUUUUUUUACUCUCUGGGGCAUGACCAGCUGCAUCCGUAAAAUAGAAGGCGUAAAAUACAAACCAAGCUUCUCGUUAUUGUUGUGUAAAAUGAAGCAAAGAUUUGGAUACACUUCCUGAAAAAGAAAGCAACGGUUAUGGCGUUGGGGACUCCUAACCCUACCACCCCACCCCUACAUGUAGGAAACAACUAAACCACAUACAGACACACAACAGAGACGCUCACACAAACCCAAGGAACUAAUGCAGGCAACAAGUGAAGAUGUAUGUGUACAUUAUAGAUGGUUCAGGCAAGCAUCUGAAUUGAAGGAACAUGAAUUCAUGAGUCACACAUAAGAAAGGAUAUUUGUUCAUUCCUUUGACAUAUUUAUAUCUUUUUAAUUUAAAUGUUAAUGGUUAAAAUAUUUUGUGUUCUUACAAGAGAAAGGCUUUUCUCUCAAUGCAGUCACAAUAAACUCAGCUUUUGUGAAUAUUUAAUUCAGUAUCUUCCCCUGUAACUAAGUUCCUCUUUAAAAUCAGCUGAUCCAAAAAUAAAUAACUAAAAACAACUGAAUUGUCCACUUAACAGGAGUGAAUUAUAUCUCAAUAGAGCUGUUAUUAAAUAAAUAAAUAUCACCUCUCCUUUUCUCUCU